AUAUUGAUGAAUGUAUGAUAAUGAAUGGAGGCUGUGACACCCACUGCACUAACUCUGAAGGCAGUUAUGAAUGUAGCUGCAGUGACGGCUAUGCUCUAAUGCCAGAUGUCAGGACAUGUGCAGAUAUUGAUGAAUGUGAGAACAAUCCAGAUAUCUGUGAUGGUGGGCAAUGUACUAAUAUUCCAGGGGAAUAUCGCUGUCUCUGUUAUGAUGGAUUUAUGGCUUCCAUGGACAUGAAAACUUGUAUUGAUGUGAAUGAAUGUGAUUUGAAUUCCAACAUCUGUAUGUUUGGGGAAUGUGAAAACACUAAAGGUUCCUUCAUUUGUCAUUGUCAGCUGGGAUAUUCAGUCAAGAAAGGAACCACUGGAUGCACAGACGUGGAUGAAUGCGAAAUUGGUGCUCACAACUGUGACAUGCAUGCCUUAUGUGACAAUGUACCAGGAAGUUUUAAAUGUAGUUGCAGAGAAGGAUGGGUUGGAAAUGGCAUUAAAUGUAUUGAUCUUGAUGAAUGUUCCAAUGGGACCCACCAGUGCAGCGUGAACGCUCAGUGUGUGAACACCCCAGGGUCAUACCGCUGUGCCUGUGCGGAGGGAUUCACUGGGGAUGGAUUUACUUGUUCUGAUGUUGAUGAGUGUGCAGAAAAUGUUAAUCUGUGUGAAAAUGGACAGUGUUUGAAUGUCCCUGGUGCCUACCGUUGCGAGUGUGAGAUGGGAUUCUCUCCUGCUUUGGACAGCAAGUCAUGCCAAGAUAUCGAUGAAUGCUCCUUCCAGAACAUAUGUGUAUUUGGUACCUGUAAUAAUCUACCAGGAAUGUUUCAUUGUAUCUGUGAUGAUGGCUAUGAACUAGAUCGAACUGGGGGAAACUGUACAGAUAUUGAUGAAUGUGCCGAUCCCAUUAAUUGUGUUAAUGGUCUUUGUGUAAAUACUCCCGGAAGGUAUGAAUGUAAUUGUCCUCCAGACUUCCAGCUGAAUCCUACUGGAGUGGGUUGUGUGGAUAACCGUGUUGGCAAUUGCUACCUGAAGUAUGGACCACGAGGGGAUGGAAGCCUAUCCUGCAACACGGAAAUUGGGGUUGGAGUCAGUCGCUCCUCUUGCUGCUGCUCUCUGGGAAAGGCUUGGGGAAACCCCUGUGAGACUUGUCCCCCCGUAAACAGCACGGAAUAUAAUACUCUCUGUCCAGGGGGAGAAGGAUUCAGACCAAAUCCCAUCACUAUUAUUUUAGAAGACAUUGAUGAAUGUCAGGAACUGCCAGGUCUCUGCCAAGGUGGAAAUUGCAUCAAUACUUUUGGCAGCUUCCAGUGUGAAUGUCCAAAAGGCUACUACCUCAGUGAAGAAACAAGAAUCUGUGAAGAUAUUGACGAGUGUGUUGCACAUCCUGGUGUCUGUGGUCCUGGAACCUGCUACAAUACCUUGGGGAACUACACCUGCAUUUGCCCACCUGAAUAUAUGCAGGUGAACGGAGGACAUAACUGCAUGGACAUGAGGAAAAGCUUUUGCUACAGAAGCUAUAAUGGAACCUCCUGUGAGAAUGAACUGCCCUUCAAUGUGACCAAAAGGAUGUGUUGCUGCACAUAUAAUGUUGGGAAAGCCUGGAACAAACCUUGUGAAGCAUGUCCAGCUCCAGGAACAGCUGAAUUCAAGAACAUAUGUGGGAAUAUUCCUGGCUUCACUUUUGACAUUCAUACUGGAAAAGCUGUUGACAUUGAUGAAUGUAAGGAAAUCCCAGGAAUCUGUGCGAAUGGUGUUUGCAUCAAUCAGAUUGGCAGCUUCCGCUGUGAAUGCCCCACUGGAUUCAGCUACAAUGACCUGCUCUUGGUCUGUGAAGAUAUUGACGAGUGCAGCAAUGGAGACAAUCUCUGUCAGAGAAAUGCAGACUGUAUCAACAGUCCUGGUAGUUACCGCUGUGAAUGUGCUGCUGGUUUUAAACUUUCACCCAAUGGUGCCUGCGUUGAUCGCAAUGAAUGUCUGGAAAUUCCUAAUGUUUGUAGUCAUGGUUUAUGUGUGGACAUGCAAGGAAGUUACCAGUGCAUAUGUCAUAAUGGUUUUAAGGCAUCCCAAGACCAGACUAUGUGCAUGGAUGUUGACGAAUGUGAACGCCAUCCAUGUGGAAAUGGAACUUGUAAAAACACGGUUGGAUCAUAUAACUGCCUGUGUUAUCCAGGAUUUGAAUUAACUCAUAAUAAUGAUUGUAUGGAUAUCGAUGAGUGCAGUUCCUUCUUUGGCCAGGUGUGCAGAAACGGACAGUGUUUCAAUGAAAUCGGUUCCUUCAAAUGUUUAUGUAAUGAAGGAUACGAACUUAAUCUAGAUGGGAAGAAUUGCAUUGAUACUAACGAGUGUGUGGCACUACCCGGUUCAUGCUCUCCUGGUACCUGUCAAAAUUUGGAAGGAUCAUUCAGAUGCAUCUGUCCACCAGGAUAUGAAGUUAAAAGUGAAAGUUGCAUUGAUAUUAAUGAGUGUAACGAGGAUCCCAACAUCUGCCUCUUUGGCUCUUGUACUAACACUCCAGGAGGUUUCCAGUGCAUCUGUCCUACAGGUUUUGUGCUGUCUGAUAAUGGACGGAGAUGUUUUGAUACUCGCCAGAGCUUCUGUUUCACUAACUUUGAGAAUGGGAAAUGCUCAGUGCCAAAGGCUUUCAACACCACAAAGGCAAAGUGUUGCUGCAGUAAAAUGCCAGGAGAAGGAUGGGGUGAUCCUUGUGAGCUCUGUCCAAAGGAAGAAGAAGUUGCUUUUCAGGACUUGUGUCCAUAUGGUCAUGGAACUAUUCCUGGAAUUGGUGAUACACGCGAAGAUGUCAAUGAAUGCCUUGAAAGCCCAGGAAUUUGCUCAAAUGGUCACUGCAUCAAUACUGAUGGAUCGUUCCGCUGUGAGUGCCCCAUGGGAUACAACUUAGAUUACACUGGAGUACAUUGCAUCGAUACUGAUGAAUGUUCAAUUGGCAACCCAUGUGGAAACGGUACAUGCACUAACGUGAUCGGCAGUUUUGAGUGCAGCUGUCAUGAAGGAUUUGAGCCAGGCCCAAUGAUGAAUUGUGAAGAUAUAAACGAGUGUGCUCAGAAUCCCUUGCUGUGUGCUUUUCGUUGUAUCAACACUUACGGUUUCUAUGAAUGCACAUGUCCAGUUGGCUAUGAGCUAAGAGAAGACCAAAAGAUGUGCAAAGAUCUAGAUGAGUGUGCUGAAGGUCUCCAUGAUUGCGAAUCAAGAGGCAUGAUGUGCAAAAAUUUGAUUGGUACAUUCAUGUGCAUUUGUCCUCCUGGAAUGACCCGGAGACCUGAUGGAGAAGGCUGCACAGAUGAAAAUGAAUGCCGCACCAAGCCAGGUAUCUGUGAAAAUGGUCGUUGCAUGAAUGUUAUUGGGAGCUACCGAUGUGAAUGUAAUGAAGGAUUCCUGUCAAGUCCAUCGGGCAUUGAGUGUCUCGAUAAUCGCCAAGGGUUUUGCUUUGCUGAAGUUUUACAGACAAUGUGUCAGAUGGCUUCAAGCAGCCGGAAUCUUGUCACUAAAUCUGAGUGCUGCUGUGAUGGAGGCCGGGGCUGGGGUAACCAGUGUGAGCUCUGUCCGCUUCCUGGAACUACCCAAUAUAAGAAACUCUGUCCACAUGGACCAGGCUAUGCUACAGAUGGAAGAGAUAUUGAUGAAUGUAAGGUCAUGCCAAACCUAUGUAGAAAUGGACAGUGUAUUAACACAAUGGGCUCCUUCCGAUGCUUUUGCAAAGUUGGCUAUACCACCGACAUAAGCGGCACAUCUUGUAUUGAUCUUGAUGAGUGCUCCCAGUCUCCUAAACCAUGCAAUUUUAUCUGCAAGAACUCAGAAGGGAGCUAUCUGUGCUCAUGUCCUCGGGGCUACGUCCUUCAAGAAGAUGGAAAGACAUGUAAAGAUCUUGAUGAAUGUCAAACCAAACAACACAAUUGUCAAUUUCUCUGUGUCAACACCCUUGGAGGCUUCACAUGCAAAUGUCCACCUGGUUUUACGCAACAUCACACAGCUUGUAUCGACAACAAUGAAUGUGGUUCUCAGCCAUCACUUUGUGGAUCAACAGGAAUUUGCCAAAAUACCCCUGGAAGUUUUACCUGUGAAUGUCAAAGGGGAUUUUCUCUGGAUUCUACUGGAUUAAACUGUGAAGAUGUGGAUGAAUGUGAUGGAAACCAUAGGUGCCAGCAUGGCUGUCAAAACAUCCUGGGUGGAUACAGAUGUGGAUGCCCACAAGGAUAUAUUCAGCAUUACCAGUGGAAUCAAUGUGUUGAUGAAAACGAAUGCUCCAAUCCUAAUGUGUGUGGCUCUGCUUCUUGCUACAACACACUUGGAAGUUACAAGUGUGCCUGCCCAUCUGGAUUUUCUUAUGACCAAUUCUCCAGUGCAUGCCAUGAUGUGAAUGAGUGUUCUUCUACCAAGAACCCCUGCAAUUAUGGUUGUUCCAACACUGAAGGUGGUUAUCUUUGUGGCUGUCCACCUGGCUAUUACAGAGUUGGACAAGGCCACUGUGUCUCAGGGAUGGGAUUUAACAAAGGCCAGUACCUGCCACUGGAUGGAGAUGCUGAUGAAGAGAAUGCUUUGUCCCCUGAAGCAUGUUAUGAAUGCAAAAUCAAUGGCUAUUCCAAAAAACACAACAGGAAGAAGAGAAGUGUUAAUGACACUAUUGAGCAGAUUAGCUUGGAAAGUCUAGACAUGGAUAGUCCUUUGAAGAUGAGAGUCAACAUUUCCAGGCUUGACAACAAGGAGCACAUCCUAGAACUCGUGCCAGCCAUUGAGCCCCUUACCAACCAUGUGCGCUACAUCAUCUCACAUGGCAAUGAUGAUGGCAUCUUUCAAAUCCAUCAGAGGGAUGGACUGAGUUAUUUGCACACAGUUAAGAAGAAGUCAGUGCCUGGAACUCACACACUGGAAAUCACUAGCAUUCCUCUAUAUAAGAGAAAGGAGCUAAAGAAACUGGAAGACAGCAAUGAGGACAACUACCUCCUAGGAGAGCUCGGGGAAGCUCUCAGAAUGAGGCUGUGGAUAGACCUCUACUAACUAUCUUCCAGGCUGAGUCCAGUUCUUCAGUCACUUCUGUUCACCUAUCUACCCACCUGAGCAUAUCUGCUUUUCAAAGGCUUUGAAACAGUCACUGAUUUUGGGGGGAGGAAGGGAGAGGGGAAGACCUCUUUCCAUCCUGCCAAGACUGCAGAACCACCCUUGCAGGAGGGUAACUUAAACUCUGCCACUGCCAAAACUUUGAUUACAAUGGCAAUCAUGGUUACUGUAUCUUUUAUAUAACCUCAGUUUAAAGUAUAUUAAAAAGCUAAAGUUCAAGAAGUCAUCAUAUGGCACUAAAUGGCACAAAAAUGUGAGCUAUUUUUUUCCUGUUAGCAGUCUGUAACACUUUGGGUAUUUUGCUAUAGUUCCUAAUGAAAAAAAUAUAGUUUAUUUAUUUUUAAUGCAGUAAUAUAUGGAGAAAA